AUGAGCACCGCAUCUCCCGAAAACUCUGCCUCCGAGCAGAGAAGUUCCACAGUGUGCCACCUCUGUCGACAGCGAAAGACCAAAUGUGACAGACGACUUCCAAAUUGUUCCUUCUGUGUCAAGGCCAACGUCCGCUGCCAGUAUGUGACCAAGACGAAGAAACGAGGUCUUCGUGCGGGCUAUGUCACGCAACUCGAAAAUCGCCUGGACACUCUGGAGCAAGAGGUCGAGAAGUUCAAGCACGAACGAACAACGUCCUCGACAACGGCGACGCCACAUCCCAGCUUCAGCCCUGCCCUCGCAGCAGCAACGACAUCUUCCACCCAACCUAUUGACAUAUCACCGCCGCAACACUCUAUCCCCAAUACUCCAUCCGUUGCUCAUGUUGAGCCACCCAGAUCUAGCAGUACACAGGCAGAAUCCGACGCUGCCGCCGCAGAUUUGGCGACCCUGACACAUGCAUAUCUCCGUACAUUGGCCGACUCGUGGUUCAAGGAAACCCAGCCUUGGUACCCUAUCUUGAGCAGGCAACAGAUUCAGAAUUCUCUCGAUAACCUCCCUCUGCCUCUGACACACAUAGACGACGUGGUGCUCAAGGCCGUGAUCGCGCUUCAGAUAGCAUACUCGAGUCACGCCAUCUGUCUGGGAUACAAUGGGAGAUACAGACUUUCACAGUAUCUCAGGUCGCAGGUUGUGAACGAGGCCUUCUCCAAAGCAUCAUUGAAAUCCCUCCAAGCACUCUUGAUCAUUGCAAUCCUGGACUAUGGGUCAGACAACCUCCCCAGCACAUUCAGCCUACUUGCUGUGUGCCGUCGAAUGUGCGAAAACAUUGGCCUUUUCCGAAAAUUGUUGAAUCAAAUGCAGUUGCAGAGCCCUGCUCAAGUCGGCCCUCCAGCGAUCGGCAGCAAUACCGGGGACGAACUGGCCAUCCCCUUGACCUGGUCUUCGCUUGCCAUGGAUGCCGUCACGACCUUGGGUAUCUCGUGGAGGGACGUGUCGGCUGCAGUGAUGGACCAUUUGUCGAGUGUGGCGUAUGUGAGCACGCCGGACCUCAGGGACAGCUUCCGCAGCCACACGCAUCUUGCUGCAAUUGGCCUGCAGCCUCUCCAUAACUUCCUUUACGACCAUGAGCAAGGGAGAUAUGACCAAGCCCAGGCCCAGGCAUUUGCCACGUGUGAUGAGAUCUACCACAACCUCAUGAACUAUGUGCGUGCACAGCCCACAACCAGCUAUACACUGUUGGCCGAUGGAUUGAUUGACUUUGAUCCCAACCUCGUCCUCACCAGCAUCUUGUCGCACGCGAGUGUCAUUAUUCUUUACGCGCGUCUCAUUGAAGCGGACGAAACCUCGUGCAACGAGAUCCCGUUGCAAAGAUGCUUACAGGCGUGCGAGGACAUCGUGCUGGCACUCCGCAGCAUAAGCGACGCAGACGCCGAACUCAGCACGCCCGUCCUGGGGACUAUGCUCUUCGUGGCAGCUCGCUUCAAGCUGGUCAUCUAUCGCAAGAUGCACCAGCAGCGCGAACCCAUCUUCGACACGCUCAUGCACGGCAUCAGCAUGUGUGGACGGCGGUGGUCUGUGGCUCGGCGGCAGGACCUCGUCCUCCGCGCCGCCAUCGUCGAGGUGGACACGGGCAAUGACUCACUCCUGCCCGCGUCCUUCUGGAAUGUCAAGAAGAGUCACUUGGAUAUCUCCGAGGAGCUGAAGGAGUGGGUCGGGGAUCACCAACAGUCGCUGUACAUCGGCUCGCUCAAUGGGCCGUAUGUAUGA